AUGCCGGCGCCACGAGAGCACUUCCCCGUCGGUGUUGGCGAGCAGCAGCAACGUCACCGCCGCGUUUACGUAGCCCGCGGUGGAGAAGUCCUUACUCACCAGCUCGCCCUUCUCAUGCCGCUGCAUGUCGGUGAGGCGAAUGCGAUACCACACGGGACCACCACUCCCACCAUGCGCGUUGUUGUUGUCGUCAUUGUCGUCGUCAUCGUCAGCCCCAUCAUCGUCCAGGACACGCGCCGCCGCGCCGCGGAGAACGUCACCAAACACCACGGUGCGAGCGUAGCGGCACAACACUCCACUCCAUACCAGCGGCUCCAGCUUCGUCGUUACACCCUCUGCCACUGA